CAAACAAAGCCAAUGUGUCCACCGAGAGGACUCGGAUUUAGUGUCUCCAGGUUCGUGACCGGGGCGUGUGUAGUCUGUUAGUUUCGACGAAAGUGCGGGCUUGUUGCGAUUGGAUGGGAUGGUUACAGUCAAAGCAGUGGACGGAGAAGGAUCAAAAAUAGGCUGUCGCUGAGAUUUCGCUACGCAUUCGAGGAAGUGCACACACUUCAGGAGCCACUUUCUGUUGAUUUUAUUCAAUUACUUGUUUUAGUGGUGCAUAUGGGCAGGUCUCGCUCCGGGAAUUCCACUUAUCUUGAUCAAAUUUUGUUGUCAACGUUGCUCUCUCUGUUCGGUGGCUGCGUUCCGGACCAGUAUGCUGUUUGUUUUCUCAUUCUGAAACAAAGAACAGGCUGAAACAUAUUGGAGUCUCCUUCGUACACACGUCGUAAUCUCUCAUGCCCUCGCUCUCUCCCCCUCUCUCUCUCUCUCCAGCUCCCCGUCAAUUGCGAUCUCUAUCUUGUUGCAGUAUUCGAACGGGUAUUUAAAUGGCUUCGAUUUUUGCCGGAAGAACCCGGUGUGGGUUGUGGUUGUUAUAGCUUCUUCUUCGUAAACUAUUUUUGUUUUCAAAGGAUGCCCGAGUUAUUCUUUUUCCGUUUCAGAAGCAAAUACUUGCACAAGGAUUGCAGCUCGUCGGUGACAAGGAAGACCGGGCGAGCUCGUUGGCACGAUGGAAACGGAUACAGUUCCCGAUUUGAAGAUCGGCAAACUGUUUAGGUGCCAUUUGACGGACUGGUUUGCCAUCGUCGGCCUACUUGCUCUCUGGGGUGCUUGCCAAGUAAUUACUCCCUUCCAACGGUAUGUCGGCGCUGCUAAUUUUACUACAGCGAGCAUCAUGUACCCUUACAAGUCGAACACAAUUCCAUUUCAGUCUGUGCCGGCUAUCGCUCUACUAGUCCCAUUGUUUUUCAUUUUCGUCCAUUUCUUUCACCGAAGAAGCGUCCGCGACUUGCAUCAUGCGUUUCUGGGUCUUCUAACGACAGUUGCCCUAACUGCUCUCGUUACUGACGCGAUCAAGAUUGGUAUUGGGCGGCCCCGCCCUCACUUCUACGCCCGUUGCUUCGGGAGUACUACUGCCAUAGCUCAAUAUGAUAAUAUUGGGAACGUCAUCUGCAGAACACCUCCAGCACUCAUGAAAGAAGCAUACAAGAGCUUCCCUAGUGGUCACACUUCAUGGUCUUUCGCAGGUUUGGGGUACUUGUCGAUGUAUUUGGCUGGCAAGCUCGGCGUAUUCGACCACGGAGGUCACUCUUGGAAGCUUUUUCCCGUGGUUCUGCCAGUCCUCGGUGCUACCUUUGUCGCCAUCACCCGGGUUGACGACUACUGGCAUCAUUGGACUGAUGUUUGCACUGGUGCCGCUAUCGGGCUUCUUUCAGCGUAUUUCUGCUACCGCCAACACUUCCCCAGUUUAUUUGAUGAUGCCCCUAGCAUUCCUUAUGCGCAUAGGCCGCGCGCAGUGUCAAGCCAAUCUUCUAGCCAAACAAAUGCACGCCAGUCUCAGGCAUUGGACCGAGAUUCAUCCAAAGAGAUGACAAAUGAUCUAGAGCGAGGUUCAUCACAGAUUCCUAUGUUGUAAAAGGAAAGCUCCAGCAACGUCUCUUAGAGAUCGUUGUGAGUUGAGUAUGUUGUAGCGGUCUGUGUAGUGCACGGUUCUUAGCCGUUAAAGCAUCUGCUGAGUCGAACCUGGAUUUCGCGCUUGCAAACCCAAGGUAGGAGGAGCAUAUAUCUUAAGGCCAACUUUGGAGCAAAGCCUAAGCAUGGAGAUCUUUUUCUCUUCGACCGUCUCUGCCAGUUAGCCGAGUGGAGGUCAUUACUCAAAGCAUACCAUUGAAGUCCACGAUAUGUUCGGCACAUUACACACGUACUAUGUCUGUAAACUUAUUUGUAAUUUGGUAAACUUACUGCAUUCACUGUGCAACUUCGCUAGA